AUGGCGAAACCGAUUCAAAACCCCUGCGAGGACGAACCCUCAGCUCUGCCCUUCCGAACGGGCGGCCCGCUACGUCGGCAUCAAGAAUACCUGAUCUUCUACUUUUUCGCCAUCACUUCCUGGAUCAUGGAGAUCUGCGCCGCGUGUCUGGGCUCGCUAUACGGAGCUGAGAGCCACUAUUUCAUCGGGACCAUAACGCCGUUUCUCGUCACCCAUUGGGCGGCAUUCCUCCAGACAUGCUGGCUGAUGGCAACGUCGCGACGCGAAACCAUCGCCGAUCGAAUGGCCUACCUCAAUCUGGCAUGUCGAUUCCAGAGACUCUGCGCUCCCACAGCCCUGAUCGGCAUGGUCACCUGGGCGGUCGCAUACCGGUUCCGCGACAAAGCCUCGAGCCAGGCAUACUGGGUCAUCUACCUCGUGGUGUGGAUCCUGAACAUCGUGGUGUGCAUCAUGAAUGUGUACAACAAUAUCACGUGGGAGAGCGACCUGCUGUACCAGAUCGCACCGGACGUGCACCAGGGUAAUUUCUGGCUCGGCGUACUGGGCAUCCGGUCCAUGAUCAAGGCGAAGGAUGUGUUGGAUGAACACAGUAAGGAUCAGGACUUUGAGCUGAAGCAGAGGGACAAUAAGCGGGGGGUGUAG